AUGCCAACUCCGGCUCGGUACCUGGAGGCUAUGUUCUUACUCGACCUUCGUGAUUUGGAGGGAACGAGAACGUCCGUUCAUUGGCAAAUCGAGCAGAAUUACAUCAUAAACGACCAUGAAUCGAAUGUCGACUUCAACGAGCUCGUGGAGCCGUUCCGACAAUGGGCGGAGAUAGGGUGGGACGAGAAAGCAGACGACCCGGCAGGACAUAGGUUAAAACACGAGAUCUAUGUCGAGAUGAAAAGAAAAAAUCAGCUACCACCCGCAGAAGAGCCGGGGUCUGACUGGGGCUGCAGGCCUCUGGAAGAACGCCUCCGGGAAUGCAAUGUUUCGAGGGACUAG